AUGGCCUCUCACGCUCCCGACAUCAUCACACUCGACAAUCUGUCGCAGACUCUUACCCCAUGGAAUCCUCAAGGCGAAAGCCAACUAUAUGCAAUAGUUGAUAUGGGAAGCAACGGUAUUCGGUUCUCUAUCACAUCUCUGGCUCCCCCAUUUACACGCCUCCUUCGUCCCAUCUACUCAACUCGCGCUUCUAUUUCACUUUUUGAUGCGCUCAAGUCCACCCCAAGAGGUCUUGUGUUUCUACCCGAAACCAUCGCUGCUGUCUCUCAGACGCUGGAGCGUUUUCACCAGCUUGCGGUGCGGCAUGGAGUACCUACACGACACAUCACCAUCCUCGCCACUGAAGCCAUGCGCCGCGCCGAUAACGCAUCUGAGAUGCUCCAAGCUAUUGCUUCAGUGACCAACGGUCUCAAAGUAAGCAUCCUUGAACCUACAGUCGAGACCUUGUUUGGCGCUGUCAUGGGUUCCCGUAGCGGUCUUGUCGGCGUUGAAGGUGGCGCUUUGUUUCUGGAUCUCGGCGGUGGCAGCGUGCAGAUGACAUGGGUUGAUACCAGCAAGCCCAACUACGAGAUCGAUGCCGCCAGAGCUGGUGUUAGUAUGCCCUUUGGAGCUGCGAGAUUGAUCCGCGUGCUGCACGAGCAGCCUGCCGAUGUCCAGGCCUCCGAGAUCUCCAAGCUCCAAGUGGGCAUGCAGCAGGCAUAUGCAAACCUGUGCUCUCUGUUCCCUGUACUCGAUGCCAUCAGGGCUUCUCAUGACAAGGGGUCCCGCGUCAACGUCUACAUGUGUGGAGGUGGCUUUCGCGGUUAUGGAAGCAUGCUCAUGCAUCAGGACCCCGUCAGUCCGUACCCUAUUCCCUAUGCUAACGGAUAUACGGCCCCGGGUACACUCUUCUCUAAAGUGAAGCAUAUGCGUCGCAUCAAUGAAGAGCACGAUGGCCGCAUAUUCGGGCUCUCCAAGCGUCGCCGGCAGCAAUUCCCCGCCAUUGCCACUGUCAUUGAGGCAUUACUUGCUGCGGUACCCAAAAUUGGAAAUGUAAAAUUUUGCGGUGGUUCAAAUAGGCAGGGCGCGCUUAUGAUGAAGCUCCCAGUUGAAAUCCGCGAGUGUAACCCUCUCAAUGUACUUUCCGGGGUCACGGUGGAGGAGAAACCCGUGUUUGACGCUUUGGUGGGAACACUAAGAGAUGCACUUCCUCGAGAAGUGGACUUCUCCAAUGUGCCAAACGUUUUGGCUCCUGGCUUGGAUGUCGUGUUUGCACGAGAUAUCUGGACGCGACAGGGUCAUGACUCGGAUAAUAACUCCUCGUUCGCACUGCAUCAUGCAAUCACCCGAGACGCCGAGGCUCCUGGCCUCUCACACACUGGAAGAGCCCUAUUGGCGCUUUCAACCUCUGCUCGAUGGGGAGGUCACUUAAGUCCGUUGGAUGCACAGCUCCAGCAAAGUCUCUCCGCACUACUCAAAAGUCGGCACAUGGAUGCUCCUUUCUGGGCUUCAUACAUCGGUGCUGUAGCUGGCCUCAUCGCAAUGGUUUUACCCAUAUCUCCCAUGACCGCAGAUGAGAUCAAGAAUGUCAUCAGAAUACAAGCAAAGCUCAGCAAAGAAGAUGGCAAGAAAGAGAAAAUCGUUUUGAAAGUUGGAGUUGCCUCCGCCAACAUAGCGGGCAUCAGUCUAGAAGAUCUCGCUGAGAGAGUUGAGAAGGUCGCCAAAAAGAACGGAGGGGAGAAGCCAAGAUUCAAGAUAAAUGUUCAAGCGAACCUACUGCCAUGA